AUGAAGAGAUAAAAUUCCUAACACCUUUUAUCUUUCUAAAUAAAAAAUUACUGUAAAUGUUUAUAAAAUAACAUAAGCUUUUACUAAGAAAAAGUGGAUUAGAUUAAUCCAGAUUCAUGCUCACAAAAUCUUAUUUUAUGUUACCUUUUAUUGAUAGGUUCUUAAUUGUAUUUCCUUAUAAAUUUGAUUUCAUCCAGCUCGAAAAAAGACAGAAUCACUUUGAAAAUUGAUCAUAUAAUAUUUAGUGAUAGCAAAUUUCUUUUAAAUUAUAAUAUAAUUCUCUAGUUUUAUAUAAUUAGUAAUUAGAUCAAGUAGAAAUUUUACUUAAUAUUUAGAUUCUUAUUAAUUUAGAAUUAAGGCAUAAAUUCCAUGCAGUAAAAUAUAAGGAUUCCAUAAUAGAUGCUUACAUAUCAUUUUUCACAGUUGUUUCUUGAGUAUUUCAUACAUUUUAAUGAGGAGAGCAAGCGAAAUCUGAAAAAUUCAUUCUUGGAUGACAGUUUAUGCUAAACAGCAUUCAGAGCAACUUAUAUUUAGAGCAAAAGUGUAUGCAUUUGA